AUGUCUUCUCCUCCCCAUCACACGCAGGCGUAUCUUGACGCUGAUAAGGGUCCGACAAUUCUGGGUCUAGUCAUCACCGUCUCUAUUCUGAGUACCAUCUUUGUGGCUGGUCGUGUGUAUACUCGAAAGAGGAUCAUAGGAGCUUUGCACCUCGAUGACUGGUUCACAAUUGUUGCAGUGAUAUUCGAAUGGUGCCAAGUUGGUGUUACAGUUGUGGCUGUCAAAAAUGGUAAUGGCAGACACUUCGAUCUUCUAAACGUGACGCAGCAGCAGAAUGUCAUUCUGUACACCAUCUUGGGCUUCCCGUUUGGCGUCAUGGCCUUUGGGUUUCCCAAGCUCGCCGUCGUCGCGCUCAUCACACGACUUAUGAAUCCCGGACGAUUACACAAAAUAUUUCUUUGGGUGCUUGCUGGAUGUUGCAUGAUGGGCUUGAUCGGGUGCAUCAUCAUUCUCUUUGCCCAAUGCUCUCCUGUUGAGUCUCAAUGGACUUUCUCUAUCACCGAUAAGAAGUGCUGGAGUCCUUAUGUUCUUGUCAACUUUGCCAUUUUUGCCGGCGCCUUGUCUGCAUUUACGGAUUUGUACCUUGCUGUGUAUCCCGCGGUGGUGUUGUUCCAUCUCCAAAUGAACAAGCGAAAGAAGAUUGCAUUGUCGUUUGCUUUGGGUAUCGGCUCAAUUGCUACUAUUGUCGCCAUCUACAAAUGCACCCGUCUGCCAUCGCUUGCAAGUAAAGACUUCUCUUAUGAGACCUCCGACCUUGUCAUCUGGACUGUCAUCGAGGCAAGCACCAUCAUCAUCGCGUGCUGCAUCCCAGUCCUUCAACCCCUCGUAGACGCCCUCUUGGGUCGCCGAGCCUUUGGAUCCUCCCCCGGAUACAAAAACUACAACUCCUCCGGGUACCAGAACUACGGCAACUCCCGAACCGGCCAAGCUCGUUCCAACAUUGAGCUCAGCGACAGCAGGAAAUUGCGAAGCGAUGACCGAGGGAACAUGACGAACGUGAAGUAUCUUGGGUCUGGGGCUGCGGAGCUGGAUUCGCAGGAGAGCAUACUGCGGCACGACGGGACCAAGACAACAGAUGCUCACUCUGUCAAUGCACCGACUGAAGGUGAAGUUCCUCGAUAA